CCCGAGGGGGAACUUCUCAGCGGAUGUCGCGACGAGCGCAGUGCCGCGUGCGUUGAGAGUCAUUGAGUCUGCGCGGCUCGAUGAGUGACAGCAGCAGCAAGAGGAGGAAGACCGACACUCACUUGUGGCUCAAGAUCGGCUUGGAUGGAACCGAGGUCCCGCUGAGCACCGGCGGAACAGCAUCGAAGUGGAGAGUCGGGGGGUGGGUGGGGGGUCUGUGUGUCAAGCUCAAGGAGGCCGGCAUGGACGGGAAAGGGACCCUGAAGAUGUUCAGCAGGAAGAAACGGGAACUGAUAAAGACGCCCUCCAUCUCUAAGAAGAGUCGAGCGGGAAGCCCGGGCCCUUACACCAGCGCCUCGUCGCUCUCGAUCCUCCAGGAGCAGUCUCGGCGGGAUGCUGGUGAUUCCACCCUCUCGUCCUUACCUUCGUCCUCCUCACUGAUGCUCACACCAAAUUCCGCUAGUCUCCCGGAUCCUUCCCUGUCCUGUCCAGCCACACCCAACAUCCAACACAACAAGAUGCCUGCCGUGCAAGGAGUGGGUGGCCAGUCUCCUGCGGUCACCAUGAGGAGACCAACUGCCUUGAGUAGACAUGCCAGUGCUGCAGGAUUCCCAUUGCAGUCGUGGGUCCUGAGUAAAGUUCAGGGUAAAGGAGCUACAACUCCCACUUCACCACCUGAGGGUCCCGAGAGCACUGCCAUCGAGGUUGAAGACAUUCCAGCCCUGCUUAGAGACGUGGCACGUUUUGCUGAGGCUGUGGAGAAGCUGAAGGAUGUGGUACUGGCAGAAGGUAAAGAAAGUCAGCGCCCUGUUGCCCAUGAGUGUCUUGGUGAGGUGCUCAGAGUUCUGCGCCAAGUCAUCAGCACUUACCCUCUGCUCAACACCGUGGAGAUCCUGACAGCAGCUGGGAAACUUAUCUCAAAGGUCAAAGGUUUCCACUAUGAAGCAAGCAACGAUGGAGACAAAAAAGACUUUGAGAAAGCCAUUGAGACGAUUGCAGUGGCUUUCAGCAGCAAUGUGUCUGAGCUGCUGAUGGGUGAGGUGGACAGCAGCACUUUGCUCUCACUGCUGCCCACUGAGAAGAGCCGGUCCAUGGAGAACCUAUGCGUUGCAGCUGGACAGGCAGGUGAAGGAGGCACAUUCAGGAGUGAACUACAUGACAUGGGCGGAGUCGAGGAGGUGGAUAUGAUCCUCCAGCGCAGUGAGGGUGGAGUUGAAUCUGCUCUACUUUACGCCAAAACCAUCUCAAAGUACAUGAAAGACCUAAUCUGUUACGUGGAAAAGCGAACCUCCUUGGAGAUGGAGUUUUCCAAAGGGCUCCAGCGAUUAUACCAAUCCUGCAAACACAACAUCACCCAUCCCCACAUGCCCCUCUUCUCCAUCUACUCGCUGGCUCUAGAACAAGACCAGGAGCAGAGUGUGGGCCUGCAGCAGGCCAACACAACCCUGCACACACAAACCUUUAUCCAGCCUCUGAUGCAGCGCAAACAUGAGCAUGAAAAGAGGCGGAAGGACCUUAAGGAGCAGUGGGUCAGAGCCAAGAGAAAGCUUAUGGAGUGUGAGGCAAACCUGAGGAAGGCAAAACAAACCUUCAUGACACGCUGCGAGGAGUAUGAUAAAGCCAAAUGUGCUACCAGUCGGGCUGAAGAGGACGGGGGAGGAUCGACAGCCAAGUCACUGGAGAAGAAGAAGCGUCUGGAGGAAGAAGCUAGAAACAAGGCAGAUGAGGCUGAGGCCACCUACAGGACGUGUAUAGCGGAUGCCACAGCUCAGAUGAUGGAGUUGGAGCACACAAAGGUGACUGUGCUGCGACAGCUGCAGGACAUCAUCAAACAAAGUGACCAGACCCUCCGAUCGGCCACCAUCUCCUACUACCAGCUCAUGCACAUGCAGACAGUGGCCUUACCUGUUCAUUACCAGACUCUGUGUGAGAGUAGUAAACUGUAUGACCCUGGUCAGCAAUACGCUGCCCAUGUGCGAGACCUGCAACUUCCAGACCAGCCAGCGGUCUGCUACACAUUUGAAGCCUACUCCCCCUGCAGCUCCAUGUCUCCGCACAGCCAAAGACGGAGAAAUGACAGUGUCAACACUGAGCAGAGCAGCAGCACUGACAGGUCUGCCACACAAACGUCUGUGGAUAACAGGGAUGCAGAGCUGCAGCGCAGGCGACGAGGCCACAAAUCCUGGGGCUCCACGGUGAGUGAUGACAGUGUCACAGGCGACGGUGGACUGGAGUCUCCAACAGCUAGCACAGCCGACAUUUGCAAAAUAGCUCGGCCAUCAUCCACUGGCAGUGUGUCUUCGAUUGACGAUGCAGAUGAGAAAGACGGGAACGUUGCUUCUUUUGAAAGCGCAAACAUUAAUGGCAUGGAUCCAGACGUGGUGGUGUCAACCAGGCCUUUCCGUAACAUAGGCCUUUCUAAAGCAGCCAAAACCCACCGGCUGAGGAAGCUGAGGACGCCGGCCAAGUGUCGCGAGUGUGACAGCUACGUGUACUUUCAGGGCGCAGAGUGUGAGGAGUGCUUCCUGGCCUGUCACAAGCGCUGUCUGGAAACUCUGGCCAUUCAGUGUGGUCACAAGAAGCUGCAGGGUCGACUGCAGCUGUUUGGCCGGGAGUUCUCGCAGGUGGCCUGCAGUGCCAGUGAAGGCAUUCCUUUUAUCAUCACCAAAUGUGUCUCGGAGAUAGACAGACGAGCCCUGAAGUUGAAGGGCAUUUACAGAGUGAACGGAGUGAAGACACGUGUGGAAAAGCUCUGUCAGGCUUUUGAAAACGGCAAGGAGCUUGUGGAGCUCUCACAGUGCUCCCCUCACGACAUCAGCAAUGUUCUGAAGCUUUACCUGCGACAGCUGCCAGAGCCAAUCCUGCCAUUCCGUCUGUACAACAGUCUGAUGGGAUUGGCUAAAGAAAGUCUGCAGACUGUGGGAGACGCUACAGAGGCAGCAGAGUCGGGAAGUCCUCCUUUGGUGGAUCGAGGUCUCAGCACUGAGCCUGAGGUUCUCAUCCUGGUGGAGAAGCUCAAAUUGCUUUUGACAGAACUGCCCAAGGCGAACAUUAUGACACUACGCUACCUCUUCCGUCACCUCGGGAGGAUUGUUGAACUGGAAGAGGACAACAAGAUGACUCCUCACAGCUUGGGCAUUGUAUUCGGACCCUCCCUGAUGCGUCCACGUCCUACUGGGGCCACAAUAUCACUGUCUUCUCUGGUGGACUACCCCCACCAGGCCCGGAUCAUCGAGGCUUUGAUUGUCUUCUAUCCUCACAUCUUCCAGUCCAAAACGUCUCAGCAACACAAAACCUGCCGCUCGGAUUCGGUCUCCAUUGAGCAGAGUGGUGAUACUGAGGACAAGAUGAGAAGCUCAGCAGAUGAAGAGGACAGAGAUGGAGAUCAGAGGAGCAGUAUUUCAGAUAAACUGAAUGAGGGAUGUGGCACCUCUUCAGGAUCCCGUGGCUCCAGUGAACAACUUUCUGACACAGAGCUGGACCAAAGCAGCCAACGGGUGCUGGUGAAACAGGAAAGCCAGGUGAGUGUGGAUGAUGACCAGCUGAGCAACAGAGACAGUCUGGACCUGUCCAGCCAAGCUGCAGCCGAUUCAGACCAUGAGGCUGGAGAAGAGGAUCAGCCAGCCCUGCCACAAUCUGGACCCCCCGAUGAGGAUGAUGAUGACGACGACGACGACGAUGAUCAGGCUGACAAGAGUUUGAGCGUCUCUCUGGCUGAGCUCAAUAUGAACCAGUCCAACAACAAACACCCCAGGUCCUUGGUAACAAACCUAUUGGGACACCCACUUGGCCGCUUAUGUGGGAAGACCUUACCCCUGAGCCGGAACAGAGAAAGUGAGCCGGAGUUUGUCUAGUCAGUCUAAUAAUUAUACUGUAAAUAGUUAAAGUGGCAGAUUUUUUUUUUACCUUAACACGCUGUUUAAACUUCACAGGGUUCGUCUGCCAAAUCAUGUUUUCUAGUGACAUUUGCAUCUACACUGUGCACUCUUUUUAAUGAGUUUGUUUUCCUAAAUUAUCACAAAUGGUAUAAAAAGCUUUAACGGUUGGGCGGAGACGGUGCAGCGGUUACAUUUGCUGCACAAAACAUUUUAAGACGUUUCUAAUAAGUGUCUACAUUGAUUUAAGUCCCUGAUUUUUAAUAAAUAUAUUUUAAAAGUG